ACUGACUACAGGGCAAGCAGAGUGAACUUCUGGCAGGACAUCAAGGGACACCUGUAGUGAUAAAGUUCUGAGAAUAAGGUGGGAAUAUCAUGUGUGUAUCUCGGCUGGUUUUGCUGCUCGGGCUGCUUCUAUGUGUGGGGGCUCAGCUGUCCAGUGCCCAGCACUGGUCCCAUGGUUGGUACCCCGGAGGCAAGAGGGAGCUGGACUCUUUUGGCACGUCAGAGAUUUCAGAGGAGAUUAAGCUGUGUGAGGCAGGAGAAUGCAGCUACUUGAGACCCCAGAGGAGAAGUAUACUGAGAAACAUUAUUCUGGAAGCCUUGGCCAGAGAGCUCCAGAAGAGAAAGUGACAGCUUUCCACCCUAGACUGCUUUUCUACCCUCCUCUUCAGUGCCCUUGUCUUCAUGUGAAACAACUUUAUGUUGAUCCUCUGAUCUCGUCCAUUUGUUUUACUUGUCAGUAAAGUUGUUUUCCAGCCUUAUAUGGA